AGCGCCGCCGCGGCGGGAAAGCGAACUAACGACAGUAACUAGAAAUCCGUCGGGAAGUACGGGUCUAAGACGCGAUCCCCGACGAUGGCCAACAAUAUAAAGCCGAUAGCUAAGACCAAACACUUCCCGAUCGACCAGCUAGUAUGCGUCGGGAACUAUGAGCUGGAGAAAACGAUCGGCACGGGCAACUUCGCCGUCGUUAAACUCGCAACACAUUCUAUUACUAAGAGUAAGGUAGCAAUAAAAAUAAUAGACAAAUCUAGGUUAGAUGAGGAUAACUUGAAGAAAACGUUUAGGGAAAUAGCCAUCAUGAAGAGACUCCGGCAUCCGCACAUAGUGAGACUGUACCAGGUGAUGGAGAGCACUCACACGCUGUACCUUGUAACAGAAUACGCGCCAAAUGGUGAAAUUUUUGAUCAUCUGGUCUCAAAGGGGCGAAUGCCAGAGUCAGAGGCGGCGCGGGCCUUCGCUCAGAUGGUAGCCGCAGUCGGGUAUUGCCACGCGAAUGGAGUUGUACACAGAGAUUUGAAAGCGGAAAACCUUUUACUGGAUAAGGAUAUGAAUAUUAAGCUAGCAGACUUCGGUUUUAGUAAUGAAUACACAGCAGGGUCUCCGCUGUCCACGUGGUGUGGAAGUCCGCCCUAUGCCGCCCCAGAGCUAUUUGAAGGGAGACAUUAUGAUGGACCCAAGGCGGAUAUAUGGUCUCUAGGCGUGGUGCUGUAUGUCCUGGUGUGUGGGGCUCUGCCCUUCGAUGGGAGUACGCUGAGUGAACUGAGGAGCGUGGUCCUCAGCGGGAAGUUCAGGAUACCCUACUUUAUGUCACAAGAGUGCGAGCAGCUGAUCCGCCACAUGCUGGUGGUGGACCCGGAGCGGCGCCUGUCGCUGCGGGGCGUGGCGCGCCACCGCUGGCUGCAGCACCAGCCGGGGCCCGGGCCCGGCCCAGACGCGGCGACGGGCGCGUGCGAGUGCCACGGCGCGCGCGCGGCGCACGGCGCGGCGCUGCACGACGCCGUGCUGCGGCGCGUGCUGGCGCUGCCGGGCCUCACGGCGCAGCGCGUGCAGCAGUCAGUACAAGAGGAACGCUUCGACCACAUAUCUGCUAUUUACCACUUGCUAAUGGAUAAACUGCAACAGAAGGAUGACUCCGAAGAUAUGGACAGAGAUUCACUGGAUUCCACGACUGGCAAACCGCUGGAUCUCACUAGUUGCAAGAUAAACGAAGAUGAGAAAAUGGAAGCCGAGGACAGCAGUUCAGGGUUUGAAGGGCUCCAGGCGCCCGAGUAUCUCGCCGCGGGGCAGGGUGAUAGCUUUGAAAAGUUCGGGUCCGGGCCGCGCCCCGGCGAGCCGGCGCCCCCGGAGCGCUCGCUGGCGCACGAGGCGCCCGCCGCGCGCCGGCACACCGUGGGGCCCGGGGACUGCCGCCAGGCAGGCGAGCUGUCUGGUCGGAAUGUACCUCACUGUGCUUCAGCGCACUUCAGCUGCGGGCAAGCGACGCCGGCGCUAGCGCAGACGGAAGUGUCGCUGCUGCCCAACACCAACCUCGCCGCCAAGCUGCCCGCCGUGGAGCAUCAGCCGCCGCGCUACUGCAGUGUUAAGGACCACCACCUGCUCAAGCCACCCGUCGCUAUGUUGACACAAGCGUCGUCGUUCGGGCGGCGCGCCUCGGACGGGGGCGCGCACGUGCGAGCGCCGGACGCGCCGCCCACGCCCCGCCCCCGCCCGCCCGCCCACGUGUCAGACAGCGGGCCCCCGACACGACAGUCGGACGCAGAACAAUCAGAGGAACAGUCGAGCGAUUCUACGUACAAUAACAAUUUGUGCAGGUACAUGCUGACGCGCGGCAGCAGCAAGCGCCACACGAUGGCCACGCCCGAGGACGCCGCCAGCGCCGCCGCCGCGCCCGCCGCCAUGGUGAGUGCUGCGCCGGCGUCCGCCAGUAGUGUACGAGUACGUCGUAGCGGAUUACUCACCGUCACUGAGAGGCCGCCUGUAAUAAGCCCCGAGCUAGUAAUGGAGGUCGAGGCGCGCAUGAAGCGCAACUACCUCCCCCCAUCGAUAGGCUACAGUUACCAAAACCAUCAGAGUCCCCCACCUAACCCUCAAAACCAGGGCUCCAUAACUGCUGGCACCCCUAAUUUCACCAAAAAUUCCAUGAAACCAGUCUUAGAAACCAUCCCUCAGGGGAGUAUUAUGGGUUCUAAUCCAGCUGUAUCGCCUUACACGCCCUCUAUAUCCCAAUUUUCGCCCACGCAUGGGGCAGUCGCGUCCCAAACUGGAUCAAUAGUCAGCGGAACCCCUAACCAAGGGUCUAUAAUGACAGGAACCCCCAUACAAAGUCAAACCUUUAAUAGUUCAGGUUCUAUCAUUACUGGGACUCCAAUGGCAAACCAGCAGAUGAACACUUCCAUAUCAAAUCAGGGUAUGAUCAUGAGUGGGACCUCUAUUCAAAAUCAGGGGUCCAUUAUGUCUGGAACCCCCAUUCAAAACCAGUCGAUGGUCCAAAACCAGAAUUUCCCAUCGUCAAGUACUCAGAGUCAGGGGUCUAUCUUAAGUAGUACUCCCAUGCAAUGUCAGAAUUUCAGUUCUGCUAAUAAUCCACAAAAUCAGGGGUCGAUAGUCUCUGGUACUCCUAUGCAAAGCCAGGGGUCAAUUAUGUCUGGUACACCCAUGCAAACUCAGGGCUCAAUAAUGUCUGGUACUCCCAUGCAAAGCCAGGGUUCGAUAAUCUCUGGUAUUCCCAUUCAAAAUCAGCAUUUCUCCUCUGGUAGUAUACAAAGCCAGGGGUCAAUCGUCUCUGGAACGCCAUUGGAGAAUAAGAGCAUAGGUUUUGGUAACUUUAGCUACAACCAAAGUUUCGGUUCGACACCCCUCAUGCUCAGCGGUUCUAUAACCGCGGGGACCCCGGUCAGCGGGAUCAAUCAGAGUCAGUAUCGUCACCGGAAGUACUCUGGGCCCCAACGUGUCAAACUGCAAAUGUUGGCCACUGUACAAGAAAUGGCCCGCGAGCACGCGGAGCGCUACUCGCCGGUGCGGCGCGCGGAGCUGAGCCCGCCGCGCGCCGCCGACGACCUGGCCUCCGCGCGCCUCGAGUACCAGCAGCUGCAGCGUGGUUUAGAGCGUCGCUCAGCGGGUGCAGUGGGGGGCGCGUCUCCCCCUGCAGAGCGACUCCACACGCCCGCUACCUCCGUACCUGGAUCUCCGAUUCACGCGGGUUCCUCCGCCCCUACUUUGGAUCUCAAUGCCACCGACCCGGCGCAGGAUUUAUCCCUGAAGCUGGGCAUCAAUUUGAACACGCUGUACUCUCCCCAAAUAUCGCAUGAAGUGCUUAAAUCGCUGCACUCCUACGGUAGCUAUGGACUGAUUUCCGGUCACAACUCCCCUGCCAGCCCAGGGUCGCCUCUUCACCAGAUAACUGAGGGUCUCAGCUACCUUCACACUGGCUCCAUCACACGGGGCACCCCCCAGCCCAACUCCACCCCCCUAGAUUUAAGAAGCAACGUAGAAAUGGACACCUUCCCCCAACUACACCCUAUGGUACAUCCUCAAAUCCACGUUGUCGCCCAUAGAUCACUAAAUAAUUCCCCAAUUUCCAACCCCGGGUCCCCGUUGGAUAUGAUCCAGGAGGAAAUAGGUAAUGGCCAGAAUGGUGACACGAAGUUUCAGGAGAGAAACUUCUUGCAGUACCCAUCAACUCACCCGCAGAUCAGCCUGACCGACUGUCUAGGGUCAGAAAUUACCCUGGUCGCAUCUUCAUCAGAAGACAGCGUCGAUAGUUUAGAAAAUUCCAAGUACCCCCUACCGCAGUUCGUUAUAUCUGAACCUUCGGAUUUAGAUGAUAGACCUUCAAUAACCAAAGGUAUCGGUAGGAAGGUCAGCCAGGAAACUGAGUCAGUAGAACCGCCCAAAGAAGUAGAGAAUAUAGAUAAAGAUACAGAAAUGUCAUCGCCUAAGGAGAGCGUGGAUGAAACCAUAAAAUACUUGACUGAGGAGCUGGCGAGGCGAGGCAGUGACAAGUCCUUAGGCUUUAGCGAUGAUUCUCUGAGCAAUGACUCCGCAAACGUGUCUCCAAACUGCGAACACAAUAUACAGUCAAUUUAUUCGAAUAUAGUGUCAAUUAGUUCAGGUUUUAGCGAAAAUAGGGGUAGUUUUUCCGAACACAGAGAAUCAUUCUCCUUUUCCGAUCGAGGGAGUUUUUCUGAAAGGGGUGAUUUUGGCAGAUCGUCGUUUUCAGAAAGAAGCGAUUUCGGAAGGGGUAGUUUUUCGGAAAAAGGAGAAACGCCUCGAUCCUCGUUUUCCGCUCAAGGGAUUCUCGGUGAAGUCAAGGAAUAUUGCGAGGACGUUUACAUGCCCAGGGAGAAGAACUUGGAGAAAUGUGACGAGGAAAGUCCCCAAAGUCCCCACUCGCAUGAAAUAGAGAAAUUACAGCGUUCGACGAUGGAUUUGCGCUUGUCUGAGAUAUGCAGACCAGAAGACAAGAAUAUACCCAUACUGCUGAGUCCUCAAAAGGUUUCCUGCGUCCAGGAGUAUUAUGAAGUAGCUCUAUCCACCGUUUGUUCUCAACUGGACUCCCAAAGAAUCGUAGAGCUGCUAAAGGAAACCAUCAACACUAGAGUCCCACCACAAAACAUAUUCAUAGAAACUGGUGACCAGAAGGAAAAGAACGACGACACAGAAGCGCUGACAGGUUUCCUAAAUCUAGAAUAUUCUGGAGGAAUCCAGAUAGAACUGGUCCUUUGCGAGAACAAGGCCCAGGAGAAGAAGGGCCUGAAGAUGAGGAGGAUAUCUGGAGAUCAGCGCGAGUAUGGGAAGCUGUGUCAACAACUGAUCACGAGCUUGACCGUUUAGAAUGGAGUUAGGUUUUUGUGAUAGUCUAAGAUCCAGCUUAAGAAAUAUAUAUGUAUAUAGGGUACAUAUUUCGUUUGCCGGAUCUCAUGCUAUGAGUUAUUCCGCAUCGGAAGUCAUUUGCUGUAGCAUGUAAUCGGUGCUAUGUCCAGUUUAAAGUAUAACCGAUAUUAAGUUUUAAGACUUGACACGAGAACACUUAAGUUUCUCGAAAGGUACUCUCGGUACAUUAAAAUUUUUAAAAUUAGUUUAUUCGCGUUAAGAAAUUAGUGACUCAUAGUCAUUUUGCCACGCGCCUAGACUAAAUCGAUCAUAGUUAAUUAGAACGCUUGUCUGGGUUAUCUUUAACUUGUCAAUUUGAACAUGGCCUUCCAGUUGCUAAGAUUAAAUUGUUCAAGGGCUAUUAAUCAUUAUUUUCUUAACGUGAAUAGACAUUAGAUGUAAAAUGUUAGCACUUAUGUAAGUGUUAAAGUUUUAUAUUUUUAACGCAAUAUUGAAGCUAGUUUGUAGAUGGCGAAUUUCCAUUUUUAAGUUAAAAUGGAGAUAAAAAUUGAAACUGGGUGGUUUGCUAAAUGCAAUUAUUUCCUCUAAGGAAACACGAAUAAGCAAACUGCAAAAAACAAGUCUAUUUUUUUCUUUCUUCUGGGAAGCUAGUCCGAAUAAUAGAUGAUAAAAAUUAUUUUUUCUUAUAUAUAUAUGAUAAAAAAAUGUGAUAAUGCAAAUAGAGGUCCAUAUCAAGCGUGGACUGUAAUAGGUUAAAAAUUUUGUUCCAAUAUAUCAUCCAUAUCAUUAAAAUUUAAUAUUCGUAGUAAAAAA